AGACCUCCUUCACUUGACCAUGAGUCAGACAAGGAAGAAAAGUUCCUCAGAUGGAGAAACUAAACCCCAGACUUCAUUUGUCAACAAAUUCCUCAGGGGCUCAAAACUCAGGUCCUCCAAAGCUGGAAGCAGAAAAGAGAGCAAUGACCUUAAAACAACUGAUUCCCAGCCCAGCGAUGAGACACAGACGACUGCCCCAGUAGACACUGCUGAGCCUCUCGCUUCAGAAAUGGAAGUGGGAUGCCGGAUGGAGAAAAACGAGCAGUUCCUGCAGAAGCUGGGAGAGAAGGCUGUGGACAAGUGUCUGGAUCUGAACAACUGCGGAUUAACCACAGCGGAUAUGAGGGAGCUGGUUGCUUUGCUGCCUUUUCUCCCGGACUUGGAAACACUGGACAUUUCUUGGAAUGAUCUUGUAGGUGGAACCCUCCAUUCAAUCACUGAGCAAAUGCAUCUUGUCAGCAAGUUAAAAAGCCUGAGGCUGGGUAGUUGCAGACUUACCGUGGAUGAUGUUCGAGCACUGGGAGAAGCACUUAAAGUGAUACCUAACCUUGAAGAGCUGAAUUUGUCCUGGAACAGUAAUGUAGGAGGAAACUUGCCUCUGAUCUGCCAGAAGUUCCAAGCAGGGAGCAAUAUACAGAGGCUGGAGCUUGUGGACUGUGCCCUCACAUCAGAAGAUGGGGUGUUUGUGGGUCAGCUGCUACCUCUGCUGCAAAAUCUUGAAGUACUUGAUCUUUCCAUUAACAGAAACAUCGGUGGCAGUCUAAACAGUAUUGCUCAGGGAUUAAAAAGUGCCUCAAAUCUGAAAGUACUAAAGCUACAGUCAUGUGGAUUAUCACAGAAGAGUGUCAAAUUAUUGGAUGCUGCUUUUAGAUUCUUGCAUAAUCUGAGGAAACUUGACCUUUCCUGCAAUAAGGAACUGGGUGGAGGUUUUGAAGACUCAUCAGCUCAGGUGGCCACACUGGAGCACCUGCAAGUCCUGGACCUUCACCAGUGCUCACUAACAGCAGGCGACGUGGUGUCCCUGACCCAGGUUAUCCCCUUACUCUUGAGUCUUCAAGAAUUGGAUUUAUCUGCCAACAAAAAGAUGGGAACCUCUUCUGAAAACCUACUCAGCAGGCUCCGAUUUUUACCAGCACUGAAGUCAUUACUAAUCAACAACUGUGCUUUGGAAAGGGAGACUUUUACUGCCCUUGCUGAAGCCUCCAUUCACCUCCCUGCUCUGGAAGUAUUCAGCCUUUCUUGGAAUAAGUGUGUUGGUGGCAACCUGAAACUGCUUCUGGAAACACUAAGGCUUUCAACGUCCCUUCGAGUGCUGGCGCUGAGCAGCUGUUCCCUGGUGACAGAGGACAUGGCUCUCCUGGCAUCAGUAAUACACACAGGCCAUCUGGCCAGGCUACAGAAUCUCGACCUGAGCUAUAACGACAGCGUCUGUGAUGCAGGAUGGGCCAUCUUCUGCCAAAAUGUGUGGCUGCUCAAAGAGCUGACUGAGCUGGAUAUUAGCCUUCGGCCAUCAACUUUUCGGGAUUGUGGACAAUGGUUUAGACACUUGUUAUGUGCUGUGACCAGACUUCCGGAGAUCACUGAAAUAGGAAUGAAAAGAUGGACUCUCCCACCUUCACUGGAGGAAGAGCUCAGAUGCUUUGACCAAGAUCACGGACGCAGCAUUCACUUUGACCACGGUGGAUUUCAGUAGGCUGGUUUCCCAAGGUUGCAUACAUGAUUCCAUUUAUAGAACAUUCUUGAA